CGGUGCAGAUCGUGGCCGCUGGCUCUGCGGUUCCCUCCCUCCCCUGCUUUCCUCCCUCCCUCCCUUUCCUUCCCUCGGCGGCUGUCGGUCGCCCGUCGCAGCCUCCGUGACCCAUCCCUAACCCUUUCCUGACCUCGGUGCCGCCGGAUUGGCCUCCUUUUCCUGUUUCCCGGCCCACUUGGGUGUCAGGGCGGGGGCCUUGAGGAGCCAGGGCCUCUGCAGCUGAGGAGAGAAAAGACGAGACGACCCUCGGCUCCGCAGCCGGAUCGCUCGGUUGGCCGCCGCCAUGGCGAUGAGGCAGACUCCGCUCACCUGCUCGGGCCACACGCGGCCUGUGGUCGAUCUGGCCUUCAGUGGCAUCACGCCUUAUGGCUAUUUCUUAAUCAGCGCUUGCAAAGAUGGUAAGCCCAUGCUGCGCCAGGGAGACACAGGAGACUGGAUUGGAACAUUUUUGGGUCAUAAAGGUGCUGUUUGGGGUGCAACCUUGAAUAAAGAUGCCACCAAAGCAGCCACAGCAGCUGCCGAUUUCACAGCCAAAGUGUGGGAUGCUGUCUCGGGAGAUGAAUUGAUGACCCUGGCUCAUAAACACAUCGUCAAGACUGUGGAUUUUACACAGGAUAGUAAUUACUUGUUAACUGGGGGACAGGAUAAACUGUUACGCAUCUAUGAUUUGAACAAACCUGAAGCAGAACCUAAGGAAAUCAGUGGUCAUACCUCUGGUAUUAAAAAGGCUCUAUGGUGCAGUGAGGAUAAACAGAUUCUUUCAGCUGAUGAUAAAACUGUUCGCCUUUGGGAUCAUGCUACUAUGACAGAAGUGAAAUCUCUAAAUUUUAAUAUGUCUGUUAGCAGUAUGGAAUAUAUUCCUGAGGGAGAGAUCUUGGUAAUAACUUAUGGACGAUCCAUUGCUUUUCAUAGUGCAGUAAGUUUGGACCCAGUUAAAUCCUUUGAAGCUCCAGCAACCAUCAAUUCUGCAUCUCUUCAUCCUGAGAAAGAAUUUCUUGUUGCAGGUGGUGAAGAUUUUAAACUUUAUAAGUAUGAUUAUAAUAGUGGAGAAGAAUUAGAAUCCUACAAAGGACACUUUGGUCCUAUUCACUGUGUGAGAUUUAGUCCUGAUGGAGAACUCUAUGCCAGUGGUUCUGAAGAUGGAACAUUGAGACUGUGGCAAACUGUGGUAGGAAAAACAUACGGCCUUUGGAAAUGUGUGCUUCCUGAAGAAGACAGUGGUGAGCUGGCAAAGCCAAAGAUCAAUUUUCCAGAGACAACGGAAGAGGAGCUAGAAGAAAUUGCUUCAGAGAAUUCAGAUUCCAUCUAUAGUUCAACUCCUGAAGUUAAGGCCUGAGCCUCAGGCAUAUGCCACAGAUAGUAUACAACAUGUGGACUAAAACGAGCAAGCAGAGAAAAGCAUCAGCCUUCCAGAGUUACUCUGUGCUUAAGGCAAACAUGAGCAGUAAAUAAUGAGGAAUAUGAACUAGCUCCAGUGCUGGAACUAACUAACUUGGUAUUACCUGUAAGUGAAAACACAAGCGUAUCAGAUGAAGGCAGGUGGAGUUAUGCUCUUGUAGUACGAUGGCCUGUUGUCAUCUUAAUGAAUAUGUGCAAGCCAACAUCCAAUUUCUCUUAUUACAAUUAGAUUUCUUGUAGGUGUUUAUGUUAUUAUGGAGAAGAAAAAUAUAUUGGCCUAUUUUUCUGACUUUUCCCUUAAAGCAGAAAGCCUUUUUUUGCUUUAGUUGUAAAGAAGAGGGAAUACAUGAUAAAGUAACUGGUUUGAUUUCUCUUUCAUUGUACACUGCUUCUGAACAUCUAAUUGUUUUUAGUUGUCUAAAUAAAAUGCCUCUAAAACAAAGCAAUGUUUGUUUCUUGGGAAAAAUUGGGAGAUUUGAGUGUCAUCAGUGGAAAUCGCCACAGAGUUUUUCUAUAUCAUAACUAUGUCAAAAGACAACCUCGUUAAAUAAUCUGUGGUAAACAUAUUGUUUCGUAAUUUUGAAAUUUAAUUGCUUGGACUGAAUUUUUGAAAUUUUCAUGUUCUUUGCUGGGGUUACAUUUACUCCCUUCUUCCUAGAUUGGAUAGAAAUGCUUGACCUGCCUUUUAAAAAGUUUCAGAAUAGUGACUUAUUUAAAUGACACAUGCUAAUUAUAAGAGAAAAAUAAAGCAAUUCAGAAUUAGCUGAAAGACAGCAGAAAAAUCACUCAAAAUCCCAGCACCCCCCAAAAUCUAUUAAAAUUGAGUGAACAUUAAUGUACAUUACUGUAUCUCUGUGUGAUCAUAAAGAUGGGAUCAUUGUAGACCUGCAAUGUUUAUUUUACUUUAUCCUUUAAGUUCAGGUGGUGUUCAAAAAGCCUUUUUACCAACCUAAUAAAAUGUAUCAACUGAA